AAUCGAAUGGCUACUUUUCUAUUUUUACCAACAACUUCAAAAAAAAACACAAAAGAAGAAGAAAGAAAGAAAAAGAGAGAAAGAAGCCUUACAGCUAGAGAUGAAGAAAAAUAAAAGCGACAGGCUUUGACCAUUUGAACUGUAACAGACGCACGUAAACUUCUUUUUCAGUUUAUCUAUUUUUAUUACUGUCUACUGUUUCUGCCGUUGUUUUCUUUUGAGGGGAAAAAAAUGAAAGAAACCAAAUACCACUCUGUUUUGGUGGCUGAUGAAAGCAUGGAAUCUGAAUCUACAACUGGCUGUUUUUUACCUAAUGCUUGUUCAUUAAUCUGACUUCUGAUCCAAGCCAACUAGUUUUUCUGUAUUGUCCUCCAUUAUCACUCUCUUACCGCUCAAUCACAGCAUCAACGACCGUCCUCCUUCUCUCUGAUUUGGGAUGAUAAUUACGAUAGAAGUGGAACAGCUUAAACUAGAGCAGUUUUCCAAUGGGUCAAAAAUUUCGGCUUUGGUGUCCAAUGGAAACACAGAGAUUGCUAUGGCUUGUGGGAAUGAUGUUUCUUGUUAUAAUAACAUUCCAACAUUUUGAGCUACCAUCUGGCAAUAUUUUUUCACUCAUAUCUUCAGUUCAUACAGAUCAAAUAGAAGAAAAUGGUAACUUCUCAACUGAUAGUGCCUUAUCAAAAUCUGAGACAGUCAGUAACAUGAGUCGAUUAAAUGGUUUGAACUAUACUGAUGCUGAUCAUGCUUAUGGGAGAUCUGAAAAUUAUGACCAAGAAAAAGAUGCUGAUGUAAAUAAUGGCCUUGUAUCAGAAACUAGUGCAGUCUCAAACAAUAAAUCCAGAACAGACAGCCGUGAUAGAGACUCCUCACUUCAACAGGUGUUUCAACCAAAUGUACACCCUGCUGUCGAUCCUGUUAACAAUUCAGUAAAUAUAUAUGUGCCAGAAGAAACUCAACAAACAUUUUCCAGAGAAAGUAUCAGUUACUCACUGGAAAACUCCUCAAUUUCAGACAUAAAUGACCAUUUAUCAGAAGCUAGUACAGACUUCAACAGCUCUUCUGGGGUAGACAAGCAUAAUAGAGAGUCUUCAUUUGAACAGCCAAAUGUACAUUCUAUAACGGAUACAAUCAACGAUUCGCCAAGACCAGGAGUAAUCGAACAGAGUUUUUCUGAAGAAAAUUCCAGUUCCUCAUUAGAAAAUACUGGAACCUCAAAUUCUGAUGCAGCACCCAAUAUGGACAAUCAUGGAAAAUCAAGCAAACUGAAAAAUAAUAUUACAAUAUCGGAUGACAAAUCUUCCACGGCCACCAUUCCUAAGGUGAAGAAAAAGCCUGAAUUGCCAACCUCAGGGGUGAUUUCAGUUUCUGAGAUGAAUAGCUUACUGCUUCGGAGUUGGUCUUCUCCUGGUGUGAGACCACGAUGGGUUUCAGCAGUUGACCAAGAGCUACUACGUGCAAAAUCACAGAUUGAGAAUGCACCCAUUGUAAAAAAUGAUCCAAUACUUUAUGCUCCACUUUAUUGGAAUAUCUCUAUGUUCAAAAGGAGCUAUGAAUUAAUGGAAGAUAUGCUGAAAGUAUAUAUUUACAAGGAAGGAGAAAGGCCCAUAGUGCACCAGCCUGUACUCAAGGGUAUAUAUGCUUCAGAGGGAUGGUUCAUGAAGUUGAUGGAAGCUAGCAAAAAGUUCGUCACAAAAAAACCAAGAAAAGCCCACCUGUUCUACUUACCAUUUAGUUCUCGAAACUUAGAGAUGCAAUUAUAUGUGCCCAAUUCACAUAAUCAUAAGAAUCUCAUGCAAUAUUUAAAGAAUUACUUGGACAUUAUCGUGGGAAAAUAUCCUUUCUGGAACAGAACUGGAGGUGUGGAUCAUUUUCUUGUUGCUUGUCAUGACUGGGCCCCAGCUGAAACAAAAAUGCUCAUGUCUAAUUGCAUAAGAGCUCUUUGCAAUGCUGAUGUUAAAGAAGGUUUUGUUUUCGGUAAAGACGUAUCUCUUCCAGAGACAAAUAUUCCUGUGCCUCAGAAUACUCUUAGAGAUCUUGGUGGCAGACCUCCUUCUCAGAGGUCAAUCUUGGCUUUCUUUGCAGGUAGCUUGCACGGCUACCUACGACCAAUACUGUUGAAGCAUUGGGAAAACAAAGACCCAGACAUGAAAAUAUUUGGUCGGAUGCCUAAGGUUCGAGGCAAAAUGAGCUAUGCCCAGCACAUGAAGAGAAGCAAGUACUGCAUUUGUGCAAGAGGUUAUGAAGUCAAUAGUCCAAGAAUAGUGGAGGCCAUUAUGUACGAGUGUGUUCCAGUUAUUAUAUCAGACAAUUAUGUGCCUCCAUUUUAUGAGGUUUUGAACUGGGAAUCAUUUGCUGUUUUCAUCCUGGAGAAGGAUAUCCCAAAUUUGAAGAACAUACUACUUUCAAUCCCAGAAAAGAGAUACAGAGAGAUGCAGAUGAGAGUCAAAAAGGUGCAGCAACAUUUUCUUUGGCAUGCUAGGCCAGUGAAAUAUGAUAUCUUUCAUAUGAUACUUCACUCAAUUUGGUACAAUAGAGUGUUUCAAAUGUAGCCCUGAUAAACAAGAAAAAAAAAAUAAUAGCAAAUGUAUAGUGGAGAAAUGUAGAUGUUGAGAAAGUUUGGUAUGAAUAUAUAGCAUUUGUUAUGUUGUUAUCCUGCA